AUGAAGUUCCUGUCCCUGUUGGUCACUUUGCUGGUUGUUUUGGCCCUGGCCAAUGCACAAAGCAAGAAUUCCAAGAAUACGAAUCACAAUGUCAUCGUCAUCGGUGGCGCAGCUGGGGCGCCUGCGGCUCCUGCAGCUCCUGCAGCUCCUGCGGCUCCUGCGGAACCUGCGGAACCUGCAGCAACGGCCUAAAUCGCUUUUCACUGAGCGGUCCAGGCUUAUUAAUUUCCAAUAAAAUCUAGCCCUUGUCUUUGUAUAUGUUAUUAAAAAUCUGACAAAUAUUUGACAUCAAGUUAAACGAGCUUAUAAUAUACGACCUUUUCUUCAUCA